AUGGCCACUAAAACACAAGAACAGCUCACCCUCGAGGGAGCGAAGGUCGCUGUCGCAGCCGCGGAGAGAGAAGCCAAGCAAAUCGGGGUAGACAUGAAUAUUGCGGUUGUUGACGCCUCAACGCAUUUACUGCAUUUCUCAAGGAUGUCAAAUGCGAAAAUCACAAGCAUUAGUAUCGCGAUGGAUAAGGCAUUCACCGCAGCUGGCCAUCGUGUUGGCACACAUACCUACAAGGAAGCUGUUUGGCCGGGUGGACCAGCCUACGGACUUGGCAAUAGCAAUGGAGGCCGGUUUACGACUUUUGGAGGAGGAUUGCCGAUUCUAAACGCAAAGGGUGAAGUUAUUGGUGGUAUUGGUGCGAGCACGGGGACACCAGCGCAGGAUCAGCAAGUUGUUCAAGCUGGGGUUGAUGCUUUGGAGGAGGUACUGAAGGGCAAGUUGAAGUCGAAGCUAUGA